UUAAAGGAUAAAGAACAAAAGUUUUCAUUAAAAUGGAUAAAUCUUACGUUAAAUCAGUUUUGGCAAAGCUAAAAUCAUACUCAUCUCGUGAAAUCCAAGAUGCACUUCUAAAGAUAAAAACUAACAUAAUAAGUAAUGAACAAGGAAUAAUUAUAUUUAGAGAAUGUGGAGGGCUAGCUUAUAUACUCCCUCACAUAAAGAAACCUAAUGAAAGGACCCUCGAUAUAUCUCUGAGUAUACUUGGCAAUUUGUGUUUAGAUGAGCAAAAUAGUUUAGAUGUGGCAAAAUCAAACGUCUUUGGUCCUCUUGUGACUAUAAUAAACACAGUCAAAAGGGACAGUCUUCUCGGUAGAACUUCUCGCUUAAUAGGUAACCUGUCCCAAAUUGAGUCUAAUGCAGAAAGUUUUCAUAAUUAUGGUGCAGUUCAAGCGUUGGUGACGUUAAUCAACAAUAGAGAUAAGAGCACCUCUUAUCCUACUCUUAUAAUGGCAGUAAGAGCUUUGAGAUUGUUAUGGAUGGUUGAAAUUAGAAGACAUGAAAUGUUAUCAAUACAUACUGUAUUUUGUAUAUCACAAUUGCUGUAUGCUGAAUGUCAAUCCAUGGGAUUAAUAAAACCUGAGAGUGCAGAGAGAGUUCAGGAAGUAGAGCAGAAUCCAAGAAAAUCACAACAAGAACUUAUUAGUGGCAUUCUGAAGUGUAUGGGAUAUUUUAGUACAUGUCAAAUGCAGACUUGUGUAAACCAGAUUGGUCCAAGAGGAGUUACUUGCCUAGUUGCACUAAUGGAUACUCAUGAUACAGCAUUAAAAUGUCUGCUAAAUCUCUGUUACAUUGAAUCUGCUCGCCCCCAGCUAGGGGCGGCAGGUCUCGUUGAGGGUUUGGUGAAUCUUCUUGAAAAAGAAUCAGAUGUUUCCCAGUGGCCCCCUGAUGUUGUGAAGGCGUUGGCUCAGCUUUGUCGUGGGUCCACGAACCGCGCUCGAUUAAGGCUCUGUGGCGGCCUGAAUGUUCUUCUAAAGGCCGCUAAAUAUAACACACAUGCCUUUCGAGCACUACUCCAGUUCUCUUAUGAUGAAAAUUCAUUUCAAAUUCUAGUGAAACUUGGUCUUGUUAAUUUAGUAACAGAUAAAUUGAAAUCUUACGUCUCAUCAAUGGAUAAUGAACACAACCACAAAGGUAGUGAAAUCAUAGAGGUGGAAAAUAUCAAAGAUGAUAAUGGUAAGGAAAUAGAAAAACGUGAUGAAUUAUAUGUGGAUUCAACUACAAAUGUGUCAAAAGAAACAGAGCAUAAUAGAAAGUCAUUGGCAAGAAGUAACAGUAACAUAGAAGAUGCUAUUCAUUACGAGUCACAGGUCAGAAAGAGGCGUAAAAUUCUAAAAAGAGCUAAAUCCUGCAACUAUGACCACAAUAAAAAUACAUCAGAUAGCAGCUCAGAGUCGGAUACAGAACCAAUUGAGCCUUCGACUCUCACGAAGAACAUAAAGUUCGACUUCAUGUCGGGAUUGGCUUCAGAUGGAUACAGUUCAGGCUUCAGUUCGGAGUAUGGUGGGUCCACUGCUAGCAAGAGGGCGCGGUUCGAUUGGAGUCCAGAGUCUGGCGUCAGCACAGGAGACUGUAGUACCUCUCCAGACCGCUAUGCACCAUGGAGCCCUACUAGCUCUGGGCCUACGUCGCCAAUCAGCAUUAAUGAAGUUUCAGAAGAAUCAGACUCGGAGCUGUCGGGUCGAUACUCGCCGGUGUGUGGCGAGCCCGACGAGGAGGACGUGCCGGCAGCCGAGCCCGAGGCACCGGACACAUGCAACAUGGAGGCUCUAGUCCUUUACGAGAGCGACAAUGAACCUGUCCCAUCUGAAGAAGUAACAAGCGAUGUAAAGAGCGAUUACAAUUGUAACAUUGGAUACAUUGUGAAUAUUUUAUUUCGCGUGGCGUUUGGAAGGGCAGAAAUUAUUGUUCGCCAAUAUGCAAACACUAUUAAGUUCCUAGCUGACGAACACUGCCUUAACAGUAUGUUAGACUAUAUUAGCAAGACUAAACGACCGAUUAGAAAGGUGACGAAGACACUCCUAAAAGUUAUGGGGCACAGUUUGUGUUUGAUGGAUAUUUUGAAGCAUAGAUUACCAUUGAGACUUUACCGUAUUAUAUGUCGUCCUUCCAAUCGUGAAUGUGCUCAAUGUAAAAAGGUUGGAAUUUUUUCUAAGAAGAUGUUAGGUGCUCUAUGUACAAAUGCAGAAUCCCGUUAUGGAAUUGGUCAAAUAAGUCAUAAAUUAUUAAAAGGAACUGAGGAUGAGAAGACAACUCUGACAACAGUUUUCCCUUUUGUCAUUGAAACUACAAAAAUUUUGAAAAUAUUCUUACUGGAUUGUGAUGCACUGACUUUACUAAUUAACAUGAUCAGCAAUCCUUCAGAGGACCUGGAAAAUUGUAUCAUAGGACUCAGCCUUAUUGCUUUAAAUGUAGACAUUAAAAAUCCUAAGUUGUUGGAACAAAAAUAUAAGGAUCAUGUGAUAGUUAAUGAUGAUCCGUUAAUUAAUAAUUUGCCUGAAAGUGACAUUGUGACAUUCUUAUUGGACGACUUAUCUACAGUGAAAACGAGUAAGUCAUUUUUGUGUGAAAACUCAGAAGUAUUCAGUGCCAUGUUAAUGGGACAGUUCAAGGAGUCCAGUGAGAAGACAGUUCAAUUGAAAAAUGUGUCUCAAUCCGCAUUGAAAUAUCUUAUAACACUCCUACAGUUUGGUCUUCAUGAGAGUACUGGUGAUAUUGAAAUUUUUCCAAUCACAAAAAAGUUGGCGACUAGCUUAGAAGUUCUACUGUUGGUUGAUAGAUUUUUAUUUGACAAAUUAAAGGACUUAUUACGAAGUGCCAUAGUCCAAUUUCAAUUAACACCAGAGACGGCAGAUAAAAUUUACAUUUGGUCCCUAGAGGAGGGCAUGGGAUUUCUAUGUGUCGAGGCUGUGGCUUAUAUACUUACUGGAAAAAUGAAAGAUAACGAGCGGCUAAGAUUGUUCAACAAUAUCCUCCAGCUUGAAUAUAAAAACCAAUGGUUAGAAGAUAUUAAAGGCAUGAUUCUUAGACAGCUCAAAAAUUAAUACCUUUAGUUUUUGUUUGCUAAUUGCUAUUAAUUUGGAAGAAAAAAUAUUUUUGUACCGUUGUAUAUUUUGUAUCAUAUUAUUGUAGUUAAAUAUUAUCACGUAUUGCAUUAAAACUUUGCACUGUUUCCAUGAAGUUAAAACAACAUUUUAUUCACAAAGAAUGAAAAUUCUUACAUCCUUAGGGGGGUAUUACA